UUAAGGAAGAAUUUGAAGUCAUUGAUUAUCGUCCACCCUUCCUGGUUUAUCCGCACCCUCCUGGCCCUCACCAAACUCUUUAUAAGGUAGGUGAUCAUGUGCUAUAACCCUUCAUAACCUUCACCAAACUCUUUAUAAGGUAGGUGAUCAUGUGUUAUAACCCUUCAUAACCUUCACCAAACUCUUUAAGGUAGGUGAUCAUGUGUUAUAACCCUUCAUAACCUUCACCAAACUCUUUAUAAGGUAGGUGAUCAUGUUAUAACCCUUCAUAACCUUCACCAAACUCUUUAUAAGGUAGGUGAUCAUGUGUUAUAACCCUUCAUAACCUUCACCAAACUCUUUAUAAGGUAGGAGAUCAUGUGCUAUAACCCUUCAUAACCUUCACCAAACUCUUUAUAAGGUAGGUGAUCAUGUGCUAUAACCCUUCAUAACCUUCACCAAACUCUUUAUAAGGUAGGUGAUCAUGUGCUAUAACCCUUCAUAACCUUCACCAAACUCUUUAUAAGGUAGGUGGUCAUGUGUUAUAACCCUUCAUACAUGUCACCAAACCCUUCAUAAGGUAGGUAAUAACCCUUCAUAAGGUACAGUAGGUGCCUGGGUGUUUUCAUAAUUAAGAUGAUGGACAAUUAAGAUGAGGUAUCUAACCUAUCAGAUCAUUCCCUAAAUGUCUUCUGCUUUCCUUGUUUCAGCUCAAAGUUCAGCCAGAAGAUCCAGUUUGUGUUCAACUUGACAGACCUUUCUGAACUGGUCCCUAUGGAAUAUGUCUCUAUACCAGACUGCAUUAAA